AGUGAGUGAUAAUUUGUCAAGACGUAAACUUAAAUUUUCACGUCUAAAAGUGUUGCGACAACUCGUAUAUUCGCAUAUGUAAUGUAUAAGAAAAAACGCGGACUUUUACGAUAAAUAAAUAUCCUUCGCUCAUUCAACUUCCUUACUUUACAAUUCGGCUCGCUUAGUCCAUUAGUUACGGCUACGGUACAGUGAUAAAAAAUAUCGGUUUACUUUAAAAGGGAUAAUAGUACCAAAAGUAUAUCAUUAUAAAAGCACUUUUCAAGAAAAUUAUAUGCUAAAAUAAUUUACAACACUUGACACCUAAGUCAUCGGGUUUGAAGAAUUAUCAGAACCUUUAGGAAUUGACAUACCUGCACAAUGAUAAAUUUUCAACGUCGAUUAUUUUACAUAUUGAUUCUGUAUAUAAACACCGCAUUCGCGUGGGAUUUCGCCGUCACAACGCAGUCCAAAAUAGUAUUUUAUGAUGAACACUGGCAGGAGGUGACAUCUUCGGCUCAUCAGUUCGAACAUCUUGGUGCCAUCACUUUUGAUGAAGCCGAAGAAAAAGUGUAUUUCACCGAUGAUGUGCAAAACAACGGCAGCAUUUUCUCGCUAAUGAUACCGAAAGACUACGAAGAUCCGCAUUUAAUAGAGAAGAUGGUACAGCGCACCAAAAACGAAGCUGUUCGUUCGCUUGCGUACGACCCAUUCGAUCGCAAUCUCUACUGGAGUGACAUGUUGAAUAAAAAAAUCUUCGUGGUAUCUGUUGAUGCUAACGCUUCCACCACACCAAAAGUGUUCCUAGAUUUCAGCCACGAAAACACUCAACCCGAUGGUAUUGCUAUUGAUUUUUGCCGUCGUACGCUCUUUUGGACUAACUCAAAUUUUACCAAUUCAAGUAUUGAGCGUAUUGGCUUGGAUGGUAGCGAACGCAAUGUGAUUGUGCGCGGAGAAAUGUAUGCGCCGCAUGGUAUAGUCGUCGAUCAGUUGACUGAUCGUAUAUAUUAUGUGGUGGAUCAGCAGGGUAUACAUUUUUCAGUGGAGAGUGCAAAUUUGGAUGGCAGUGAUCGGCAAGUGAUACUGAAGGGCCUUAAUAAUGAACCAUUUAGUUUGGCCGUAACAAAAGAUGCAAUCUUCUGGACCGAUCACACGAACCGUGCAAUUUGGGGUCAUGCGAAAUUCAUUAACAACACCGAAACGAAGCAUUUACAGCCGGAAGAUGAGACGGUUGAAACAGAAGGUGGCGCAAAUAUGAUACUAAAGUACCAGGACAGACCGCGUGGCAUAGUCGCACGGAUACAUUACCUUACCAAUUCCCUAAAUGAUCAACACUGCCACGAAGUGGUUGCUAGCAUUAAGAAUCGUAUUCUAUCAAUUGCUCCACCAACCAACAGUACGUUGGAUAUAGGCGCGAAUGUCUUACGUAAAAAGUAUUGCUUGAAUGGCGGCGAAUUUGUGGCGCAAACAACUAGCUGUAUCUGUAAGAUCGGUUUCAAGGGUACACGUUGUGAGAUCAAUGAGUGCUUCAAUCAUUGUGUGCACGGCACGUGUGUGAUCUCGUCGCUGGGAUUGCCGACGUGUGAAUGCCCUCGCAGCCAUUCCGGCCCACGCUGUCAGUGGUACAAGUGUGCCAGUCAUUGUAUGAAUGAUGGUCACUGUAUAAUUGAGGAUUCAGGUGAACCGAGUUGCGAGUGCAAAGAAAAUUAUGGUGGAGCGCGUUGUGAAUAUAAUUCUACCGAGAUUUGUGCGCUUUAUUGCAAAAUCUUGAAACUGGAGCCGGAUACGAAUGUGCCCUACGGUUGUCAUGACAUUUGUGAAGAGCUCGUUCAACAUAGUGAAAAUGGUGCAGAGACUUAUGCAAUUCCGAAGUUUGAACAUUUGGAAAUGUGCCAGCAAGUAGAUCCUUGGACUAGUACCGUCAUCGUUGUGUUCGUGUGCGGUGUGGUCGCUUCUUUAGGCUUAAUGCUUCUAAUCGUACAAGGAUUGCGUCGCUUCUACAAACCAGCGCGCCCACGCAUAAAGAAAACUUUCGUGGUGCGCAAACAAGCUUCUCCUUCAACGGACACGCCGCUUACCAAUCGCCCUGUGGCGACCGAACAGUGCGAAAUUACAAUAGAAAAUUGUUGCAACAUGAACAUCUGCGACACACCUUGCUUCGAUUCAAAAUUAUUGGAACAAACACUCUCUCGCAAUGGCAAGGUCAAGGAAGACAAGAAAAUGCUAAUAAAUAGCAUGGAUGAUGAACUUUAUUAGUACAGCAUUGAAACAUGUGCCAACGCAGGAUUCGCUUGCGCUGCGGAUACGGUACGCGCAGUCAGGGACUGGCAUACUUCUUCUGCGCGCAAUCAACGGAGAACAUCCACAAGAGGCCUUACAACGAAGUAACAAAAGAGAGCGUGCAAAUGUAGAACAAAACAAACGAGGAAUUGCCAAGAGAGAUUGAUCGAUUUGAAAAAUGGGAAUGUGGAUCUUAUGUCAUGGACAUACACAUGUAGAUAGCACGAGUUCCUCGUCCGUGGCAGUAGAUCCAAGAAGUGCAACAACGGAUAGCUUUAAAUAGAGUUAUAUACUCUCAUGUCACAAAUAGUAAAAUUCAUGUACUUAUUUUUUUGAAACACUUAAUAUUUCAUUAUUAUUGCUGCAAUACUGCAUAUGCUUUUUAUUUUAGUUCAGACAAUCUAACAUUACUGCAACAUUAACUCGUUUUAGUUGAAUUAUUGAAUUAUUUAUUUCGGGAGUCACAUACAAUUUAUUUAAUUUUGCUUUUAUUAGUUGAUUUAAAAAAUCGAGACCAAUGAAGGCUGUAAACACUUUUCAAAGUGUUGUAAACAUAUACAUAUAUGUAUAUAUGCAUGUAUGUACAUUUUAAAAUUUGUUAUUAAAAAUAAAAAUGAUGCACUGAUUCCGAAAUGGCAGCCAAGCUAAUUCAAUUUAAAAAAUAACAAAAAAUAAUCUUUAUAUCUUUAAUUUAGUUUUAAUAAAAGGUAGUAGUAGGGGCCGGUAGAAGUUAUAUGCUAUGAAUUAUGCGGAAAAUAACUUUAAAUAGACGAAGUCUACCAAUUGGUAAGAUAAUUUUCUUAAAGUCGCCCCACAUUGGAAACCUAGAUAAUGUCACUAUGGUGAAUUAUAUUACAAGUUAGUAUACAAGCGUAUGUACCUACAACAUUAACGUUAAUAUCGUUUGUUUCCAGAAGUUAUUGAACGUUUCAAACCAAAUAUAGUUUAAAUCAUAUUUGCCAAUGAACUAUUUUUCCUCGCAACAAUAAAAACAUACAAUUUUUUCUAUACAAACAUGAGUACAUAUGUAUAUACUAAAAUACUUUCUACUUAUUUAUGAUCUUAUUUGGAGUUGUGUUGCUAAUGAGAUUAGCGUAUGCUAAAGAAUAGCCCUUGAAAAUUACACACAUUAUAAUAUGUAACUUUUACAAAUACAUUUGCACAUAUGUAUGUAUGUGCAUAUAAAAUAUGCUUACCUGUACUCUCUGCCAUUAUCAUAGUUAUUAGUUAUGUUUAAAAAUAAAUGCUUAGAAAAAAUAA